AUGGUUCAACCACAAGUAGAACAAGUGUUUAAGGAAUAUAGGGAUUAUGAUUGGGAUCAUUUCGAUGAAUUCCAAGAUGGGAUAAAGGAAAUCUUAGAUAACUAUUUAGAAAGUUUGAGAGAUCAAGAUCCAUCGAUCAGUGCUAUCCCUGCAUUGGAUCAACAGCAAUUGAUCAAUCAAGCAAAGAGUUUCUUCUAUUGUACAAAAACCGGUAACAUUUUGAAUCUUGAUGAUUAUGAAAAAUGGGAAAGAAGUCAGAAGAUUGUAGAGAUCAAAGACGACGAACAAGAAGAUGUACAACAGCCGACUCAAGAGAAACAACCAGAACAGAUCAUUGAGUUAAACUCUUCGGAAGCUAACGUAGAAGACAAACAAGAUGAACCUCCUUAUUCAUCGAAUUAUCAAGAAUUAGUAGAAUUAAUAGUAUCGGGAAAGCCAGUUCCUGGUAUCAAACAAAUACCAGAUACCGUUUUAACAGGACAGAGCUCAACCGCUUCAGCAACUCAAAGAGUCAAACCUUGGGAGAAGAAAUAG